UGUUGAUUGCCAAGGCAAAGUAUAAUGAUUUAAAACUACUAAGACUGUGAUUGUCUAACAGGUGUCAACAGAGACAUACCCUGACAAGUUUGCUGACCACUCGGAGUGCUGCAAAUAUUUUGCUGGAAGCUCACGAACAAGAUGAAAAUUGCAGAAACCAGGAUGGAGGACAAGAUGGAAAACAUUGCCACCAAAACUGCUCAACUUAUCGAGAAAUUCAACGCAAUAAGAGGAAAAUCUGUGAAAGAGAUAGAUAUUCCAUUUUGGGACGUGGUCGUCAUAACAGCCUCCGAUGAUGCGCAACGUGAAGCAUUUCAGCUCCAAGUAUUUGAUAAACUUCAACGCAAGGAAAUUCCCAGUGAUGUCCCAUACCAUGUUAUAGCUGACCCGGAAGGACCAAAGAUAGGCAGUGGUGGCUCCACCUUUCAUGUCUUAGAAGAAUUAGAGAAUAUGUAUGGAGACAUACUUUCUACAUUGAAAAUCAUCCUCAUCCACGCUGGUGGACAAAGUCAACGUCUCCCAAAUGCUAGCGUAAUGGGAAAAAUCUUCACUGCACUCCCACUGGGUGACCCAAUGUACCAAAUCAUCGAUCUAAAACUGAUGUUGUAUUUAGAUCUAAUCCCGCGCAUGGGUCCUGGUGUUUUUCUCGCUGCAGGUGACACGAUUGAACUAUUCGAUCUUGGAGAUGAUGAUGAUAAUUGGCAAUUCUCAAACGAAGGAUUCACAGCAUUAGCUCAUCCAUCAUCGCUUAGGAUCGGGACUGGACAUGGUGUUUAUGUCGUAGAACAGAAACCGAGGGAUUCAGCCAAGAUUCUUGAGACUGUUGAAUGUUUAGAGGUGUUGCAGAAACCGAGCAUUGAUACAAUGCAUGCAAGAGGUGCUGUUAUGCAGGGACCCGACCAACAACCAUUUGUGUACUCAGAUAGUGCAUUUUUCUUCACUCACGAUGUAGUUAAAACUCUCAUUGAUUUCUACAGGGCUAACAAACCUAUCCAAUGUGAAAUAGAGGCAUAUGGAGAUUUCCUUUGUGCUCUUGGUCCAAGAGCUACUAUCGAUUACACUAACUGUACAGCCAAUGCUGUUACUGUACCAGAGUCUCUAGUCCCUACACGACAAAAAGUCUUUCACGCAUUGAAAGGUCUCCCGCUUACUGUGAUAGCAAUGAAUGUGUCCAGAUUUUACCAUAUUGGUACAACCAAGGAGUACAUCAACCAUUUUUGCAGCGAUCAAGUAUUUUCCAAAGAACUUGGAUUAUCAAACAAUGUUUUCAGCUCAGCCUUCAAUGCCUCUUCAACAAUAUCAAACGGGACCCCUUCAACUUUAACAAAUUAUGAUGUCAAAGAGGGUAGUAAUAAAGUGAAAACUGGAUGUGUCAUGCAUAGUUCCUAUGUUAAGGGGUCUUUCAUUCCUGCUUUAACAGUUGUGGAAUUUUGCAAUUUUGAGACCCCUGUCAAAAUAGGCGAAAAUUCUAUAAUCAGCAACUGUGAAUACCUCAGCAUGAAUACACAAACUGUCGAAUGCUUAAAUAUCCCUGGAAAUGUUUUCUUACAUACAGUUCCAGUUUCUCACAAAGAUGGCGCCAGUUAUGUCACUGUGAUGUUUGGUACCAACGAUAAUGUGAAAAAGAAAGUUGACCGAGCGAAAGUUGGUGAGCUUUCAUUACUCGUGAUGAAUCUUGAGAAAUAUCUAAAGCUGCUAGGUAUCGAUCUUGAUGUAGUUGUCGGGGAUCAACAAACUGAGAUCAGUCUGUGGACAUUGAAACUUUUCCCCGUGGUGACCACAAUGACGUCGUCAUUAGCGACUUCUUUGAGCAUGUUGAAAGUUUUGAAUGGAGAAAUGUCAGAAUGUACAAUAUUGAAAGACGUCACUGUGUGGUUGUCUAUGAAAGAUAUCCUACGCACGAAAGAUGUUAAUACUAUGUUAAAGUAUAGGAACAAGUUGUACAAAAAAAUCAAACAAUCGCUUACAUAUUAAUGGUGGCAAAAUAUAAUUCAAAAGUCACUUACAAAUAAGUUGAAAGACGUGCAAUGUCAAAAUAGUCAUAUAUUAAUGUGAAAUAUAACGGAAAAUGGGAAAUCAUAUCUUAUUCAAAUGGUGAAAAUGGGAAAUCAUAUCUAAUUCAAAUGGUGAAAAUGGGAAAUCAUAUCUUAUUCAAAAUCAUAUCUUAUUCAAAUGGUGAAAAUGGGAAAUCAUAUCUUAUUCAAAUGGUGAAAAUGGGAAAUCAUAUCUUAUUCAAAUGGUGAAAAU